CGAAGAGCCUACCUAGGUACCUGGGUACCUUGUUCUUCUCAUGAGGAAUUGAUAUCGCAUCAUUCAAAGGGUAAACUUCAUUACUUGUCCAUUCAAACCCAAUUUAUCCAGAGCUUGAAUCUUUAAGAUACGAUAAAUGUCGGCACGCCAAUACGAUGUUGUAGUCCUCGGUGCUACGGGCUACACGGGAAAGUUCACGGCCGAGCAUAUAGCCACAAGCCUUCCAACUGAUCUUCGAUGGGCUCUGGCCGGACGCUCGCGACAAAAGCUGGAGAGAGUUGCAGCAGAAUGCAAAUCCUUGAAUCCCGAUAGAAUCCAACCGGCUAUUGAAGUCUGCAGUCUGAGCGAUGAGGAUUUAACUGCUCUAGCCAAAAAGACCACUGUUCUCAUCGCCACAAUCGGUCCUUAUGCACUGUACGGAGAACCUGCCUUCAAAGCUUGCGCUGAGAAUGGCACCCACUAUCUUGAUAUUACGGGAGAGGUUGCCUUCGUAGCCGACAUGAUCAAGAAGUAUGAGAAAGUAGCCAAAGCUAGUGGCAGCAUCAUGAUCCCUCAGAUUGCCGUCGACUCAGCACCAGCAGACUUGGUCACGUGGUCUCUGGUCGACAUGAUUCGAGAGAGGUUCUCAGCACCUACUGCUGAAGUUGUAGUAUCACUCCAUGACAUAAGCGCUAUGCCCUCCGGUGGAACCUUGGCCUCAGUUUUCACAAUCAUGGAUGUCUACAGUCUCAAGGAAAUUGCAGCGGCCAACUUACCAUAUGCAAUUUCUCCUAUCCCAGGUCCGAAGACUAGCAGUGGCACGUCUUUAGUUACCAAGCUUUUUGGAAUCCGCUCAGUCCCAGACCUUGGGAUCCUCUCAACUUCCUUGGGAGGCAUCGUGGACACACCCAUUGUGCAACGAAGCUGGGGAAUACUGGGGUAUGGUCCCAACUUUCACUUUGCAGAAUACAUGAAAGUCAGAAACUACCUCAUAGGUAUAGCCGUGCACUGGGGUCUCUUGAUAGGAUCGUUACUUCUCGCUAUUCCCCUAGUCCGAACGAUUGCGCGGAAAUACGUCUAUCAGCCAGGCGAGGGACCAACCAAAGACCAGGUGAAAAAUGAUAGGCUUGAAUAUCGAGGCAUCGCGAGACCUGAUGUUCAGACACCAAAUCCUGGUAGAGCAUUUUGUCGUGCCUUUUUUGAUGGAUCUUUGUAUGCUUUCAGCGGAAUCUCCGUGGCCGCGGCCGCGAUGACGGUUCUUCGCGAUGAUCAUAAGCUCUCUGGUGGCAUCUACACACCUGCGUGUCUCGGGCAGAAGUUCAUUGAUCGCCUUGAGACGGCUGGUUUCAAGCUCGAGAGGAAAUUUUAUGAAGAUUAGCGCCGAUGUACCCGGUGCUUAUAAGAAUGUCUGAUUAAGGACCAGGUUUAGCAUUGAAGAAUCUGUGGCGCACAUUCGUUGCAACCACGUAUAUCUUGAAAUUCUAUCCCAAAUGGUCUCAUUUACCAUCUUCCUCCGUUGCUGCAAGCUGC